CCAGAACAUCGUUACGCCCUGCCCCACCUCCCCCGGAAGGUGUCAGCCAGCCUUUCGGACUUCGCCGUGAGGUGACACGGGUGUGUAUUAGUAAAUCUGCUUUCGAAAACAUUUUGAUACAUUUUUCUUCGCGAGGUGAGCAGCAAAAAAGUACCUUUGACACUUUGAGUAGCUACUGCCUCAGUCAAUAACUUUGUGAACCGAAAAUGGGGGACGCAAACCUCAUCCUCAUUCAACGGCAGCAACUAUAUGACUCAUCAAUGCCCCUGUUUCUAGUUCACGAUGGGAGUGGAAGUGUAGGCAGUUAUAACCGCCUGGGAGACUUUGGUCGAGACACUUGGGCAUUUGAAAAUCUCAAAGUUCAGGAAAGUGGAAUCUGGACAGGGGGAAUUCAAGCAAUGGCAGAACUCUAUUGCCAAAUGAUCCAGGAUGUUUACCCCCAAGGAGGUAUCAUUUUGGGAGGAUGGUCAAUCGGAGGGCUCAUCUCACUGGAGAUGUCGCACAUUCUCUCGAAAGUUCCUAAUAUUACCGUCGUUGGUGUUGUGAUGAUCGAAAGCCUGUUCCCCGGCCUUCUCAACAGCCAAAACAUUACGGUGGAGGUACAAGAUUUGUGCUUUAGAAGCAAAAUGUCCGUAUACGAGCGGAAAAGGGUGGCGAAACUCAUCUUCGAGGCAACGCGAGUCGCAAAGUCAUAUGAGUCGGCGAUUUGGACACCAGAAAUAUCGAGGCACGAUGACUUGAACCACUGCAAAAUCGCCUCGGACUCUGCAGCACUGCGAACGGCAGAUGCAAAUCCGCCCUCACCUCUUGUGUUGGUCAAAGCGAGUGAUCCUGUCCCCUCGCGUCAAGGUACUGUGAUACCUACGCUGCUUGGUUGGGAUCAACUUGGAGAUCGCUGGAUUACCGCAGUGUAUACGGUUCAAGGUCACCACUUCAGUAUUUUCGAAGAGGAAAAUGUUGGCUACCUUACAAUCAUCCUUAGAGAGGCCUGCAUCAUCCUUGAGAUGAGUCUUUAAAAGUGACAAUAGAGACCAGCGGAAGUCUUCUGGCGCCAGUUCUGUGUAGACAGCUGCAGUUGUAGAGCUGCAGUCUCCCUAAAUUCGUUCUGUCUCCCUUCACUAGAUCCAUGGCCUACAUGUCAUCCGACUCAAAUUCAUAGAACUCAUUUCGGCAUUAUGAACAGACAGGGGCAAGUGAAUUUCCGUGGAGGCAAAAUAUAUUGGCCCGGGCUCGCUAGUACAAUCUCUCACCUCUUUUAAGACUCUAUCAACCCAAAAUCUCAGCUUUAGUAAAUCUAGAAGCCUUUCACGGGAUUUCUACACUUAUUGUCGUGCUGUUUCUUCUUGGUAGACGAAUUAUGAAGCAGGGCAGCUAGCAUUAAGUAGCCAUCCUUACGUAAGGGCUUGCGGGAAGAGGGAGGUACAAUCUCAUCCCCACUUUGACUCCAG